AUGUCCGCAGGCAAGCACCUCGACAUCUCCUCUUCCACACCGAACAACAAACCGUUACCAGAUGGCGUCUCUAAAACGUACGACGUGACCUCGAAAUGGGAACCGUACUGGUUGUGCUUUAUCGGCACCGUGAGUGCUUUCCCGUGCUUGGUGUUCUUUUGGGAGACGAAAACGUUGACGUUAGAGACCGAGGAAGUCGUCUUGAACUCGCGAAACUGCGUCAAGAAUACGAACAAGAGAUUACCGUACGGCGAGUUAGGAUCUGUGGACCAAACAAAAAAUGCGUGCGGGUGCUACGAAGUCGGAGGCGAAUCCAUCGGACGGUUGUCCCCGGGAUGGGGGAGUACGAAUGAACUCCCCGAGAUGCUGUCGAUUUUGGCGACGCUGAAACACCGACAGCAACAAAGAGGCGAUCAAGGGCAAAUUCAACGGACGGAGAAUCUGGAGAGGAAAAUCGAUGCAAUCAUACAGCACUUUAAGAUUAAAAUUCCGGACGACUUGGAUAUCGACCAAGCGCCGGGUGCGAUGUCGAUGAAGCGUUACUAA